AUGGAGAGCGUGGCGUGCGGCGUGCCGAUGGUGUGCGUGCCAAAGAUGUCGGACCAGCGGAUGAACGCGUGGCUCGUCGAGUGCGAGUGGCGCGUCGGAGCGCGCGCGGAGGUGGGUGGCGACGGCGUGCUUCGCGCGGCCGAGGUGAGGCGGCGUGUAGAGGAGGUGAUGCGGGAGGGCGAGGCCGCGGGGGGCGCACGGCGUGCGGCGUCAGAGUGGAAGGCGGCGGUCGUAGAGGCUCUGGGGAAAGGUGGCUCGUCGGAUCGUAAUCUAAGGGUAUUCCUCGAGGGCAUCAGUAGUGGUGUCUCCUUGUGA